AUGGUCGUGCGACGUUCUUCCACGGGAUAUGCGUCACUUCCCGGUGACGACGAUCGAGGCACUCUUAGCAUUUUGAGGAGCUGCGACGCGUACGCCCAUCCGAGUCGCGAGGCGUCCGCGUUCGUGGAGCCGACGGCCACCGGGGGGAUAUUCACUAUCAUCGUCACCGGUAUCAUCGCUGGAUUGUUCUAUCUCCAAGUGUCGACGCUCAUGAGUACGCAGUUCGUCCAAGACAUUGUGGUGGCCCGCGACUCGGUUGAUAUGACUCUGCCGGUGAACGUCCGAAUCGACUUCCCCAACGUCGGCUGUGAAUUGCUUUCGCUAGACGUCGUCGACGCGCUUCAUUCGAGACGAAUGGACAUUACCGGAGAUAACAUUUACAAGCAUCCGCUCAGUGGACCGCUUCGAUUUAUGAACCUGGAGCACGCUUCUCCAACGUUGGUCGAUGUAGGACAGCACGAAUUAGGGACGACGACGGAUUUCGAUCAUUAUGGAAAUAGACGCAUAGCAUACGACAUCGUGGGCGUCGAAGCGUUCGAACGAAUGGUGAAGAUACAUGCGAGUGGCUUGCUCAUGGUGAACUUUCACGCGCCGUGGUGCUCGCAUUGUCGUGAAUUUGCCCCAAUUUGGGAACACGCGUCUGAGAUGGUUCGAUUAGAGAUCCGACGCAUCGGCAAACCACGAUUGGCUCUUGGGCUCGCCUCAGUGGACUGCACGAUCGAAGGAAACGAUGAUUUGUGUGCGAAGUUACACAUUCAAGCGUAUCCCGCGAUACGUGUCUAUCGUGCCGGCUCGCUCCAUCCGUCUCGCGAAAAUCAGACUUCACUGGAAGAGCGCACAGACGAUAUUCAGUUUGAAGUCUAUCACGGUAAGAGAAGCGCCGAGGCCAUCGCUACGUUCGCAGAAUCCUUGUUAAAAGAAGUUGAAGCCGGUCUCGAGGGGGGUGACUCAGAGUCGAAUCCGCAGCGCCGGCCUCUCGUCAUCGGACAUGAUUUCGACGGCGACGGCUUGCGCGAUUCCACCGUGCGCUCGCCCGGAUGUUCGAUCAACGGACAGUUCUCCAUCAAUCGUGUUCCGGGAGCGUUUUACUUUCAUCCACGCUCGCGUUCGCAUACCAUCGGAGAUGUCGAUAUGACGCAUGUCGUGAAGCAUCUCUCUUUUGGCACACACGCCCCGGGCGGUCCACGUCGUUUUGUCCCCAGGCAUCUUCGCAAGGCAUGGAAGCUCAUUCCAAAAGAUGCCGGUGGACGGUUUGCUGGAAAAUUAUCUAAGCCGAUGCAGUUCGACGCCGACACGAGCGGAAGGACCGUUUUUGAUCAUUACGUCCAUGUGAUACCGCGCACGUAUCAUCCCGUGGGUGACGAACCGAUCCACAUCUACGAGUACACAUUCAGUAGUCAUGCGUUUAAGUUGCGCGACGACGCGGCCGAGCGGGAGUUAUCUCGCAAUUAUCGUACCGGUGGCGAAAUUGAUCGAGAAUUCGGUACGGAUGACUUCCGUCGACCGGAUGGACCUUCAAUACGAUUUUCAUACGACAUUUCCGCCAUGGGCGUCGUCACGCGAGAGGUUCACAAAAAUCUUCUUGAGUGGAUUCUAGGAUGCAGCGCAAUCUUAGGCGGGCUCGUUACGUGCAGCGUCGGUCUCGAGCGCUUUGUCUACGCGAGCUCGCGCGCGGUGAAGCGAAGAAUAGGAAAAAGAGAUUGA